AUUGUUUUUCUUAGUUUGGAUGUACUUCCGAGAGUGACUUGCCCAAAUCAUCCAGAUUCCAUUUUAGUAGAGGAUUACAGAGCUGGUGAUAUGAUUUGUUCUGAGUGUGGGCUAGUAGUGGGUGACCGGGUCAUAGACGUAGGGUCAGAGUGGAGAACUUUCAGCAAUGACAAAGCAACAAAAGAUCCAUCUCGAGUCGGGGAUACCCAGAAUCCUUUGUUGAGCGAUGGCGACUUGAGUACAAUGAUUGGCAAGGGCACAGGUGCAGCAAGUUUUGACGAAUUUGGGAAUUCAAAGUACCAAAAUCGCAGAACUAUGAGCAGCUCCGAUCGCGCAAUGAUGAAUGCUUUUAAAGAAAUCACAAACAUGGCAGACAGAAUCAACCUCCCUAGAAAUAUAGUUGAUCGAACAAAUAAUUUAUUCAAGCAAGUGUAUGAGCAAAAGAGCCUGAAGGGAAGGAGUAAUGAUGCCAUUGCUUCUGCUUGUCUCUACAUAGCCUGUAGGCAAGAGGGUGUUCCAAGAACAUUUAAAGAAAUAUGUGCAGUGUCCAGGAUUUCGAAGAAGGAAAUAGGUCGGUGUUUCAAACUUAUUUUGAAAGCUCUUGAAACCAGUGUUGAUCUGAUUACGACUGGAGACUUCAUGUCAAGAUUCUGUUCCAAUCUGGGUCUUCCCAAACAAGUACAAAUGGCGGCAACACACAUUGCCCGUAAAGCUGUGGAAUUAGAUUUGGUUCCUGGGAGAAGCCCGAUCUCUGUAGCAGCUGCAGCUAUUUACAUGGCAUCACAAGCUUCUGCAGAAAAAAGGACACAAAAAGAAAUUGGCGAUAUUGCUGGUGUGGCUGAUGUUACGAUCAGACAAUCGUACAGGCUGAUCUAUCCUCGAGCUCCAGAUCUCUUCCCAGCAGACUUCAAGUUUGAUACCCCAGUAGACAAACUACCGCAGCUGUGAAAUUGCAGAGGGUUACUUUUAAUUUCUAUUAAGAAAAACCCCACCAACCACAAACUUUUUUUGAUUUUUGCCUAUAAUAAAGGAUGUACAAAGUGUUA